GAAUUUACUCGGUUCCCAAAAGCGCUCUCUACAAUACCUUUCAUACACAGUCACUACCAACCUUCGAGAAUCCCUUUUGUGUUGUGUCUAGUCUAGUAUAUAUAUACCACCACUCCAAUACUCCUUUUUUCCAUCUUCGCUUCCAAUCUCAAACCUCUCUUCCAUCUAUAUUAUUAUUUAGAUCGUUAAAUCCAAGUUAAGAAGACCUUAGAGAAAGUUGAAGUGACAUAUAUCUAGAAGAGAUAGGAAAUGGCAUCCGAUAAAGUAGUGGAAACAGUAAUAGUUGGGAACUAUGUAGAAAUGGAAAGUGAAGGAAAGCCAAAUAACAUAAAGUCCAAAUUAUCAAACUUCUUAUGGCAUGGUGGUUCUGCUUAUGAUGCUUGGUUUAGCUGUGCUUCCAACCAGGUGGCUCAAGUUCUGCUUACGUUGCCAUACUCAUUUUCCCAGCUGGGAAUGCUUUCCGGCAUACUUUUUCAACUCUUUUAUGGUAUACUAGGUAGCUGGACUGCUUACCUCAUUAGCAUUCUCUAUGUUGAAUACAGAACAAGAAAAGAGAGGGAAAAAGUUAAUUUCAGAACAAACCAUGUUAUUCAGUGGUUUGAGGUUCUUGAUGGACUUCUUGGAAAGCACUGGAGAAACGUUGGUUUGGGCUUUAAUUGCACAUUUCUUUUGUUUGGAUCUGUUAUCCAACUUAUAGCUUGUGCAAGCAACAUAUAUUACAUAAAUGAUAAUCUGGACAAGAGGACUUGGACUUAUAUCUUCGGAGCUUGCUGUGCCACUACUGUAUUUAUUCCUUCAUUUCACAAUUACAGAAUCUGGUCCUUUUUGGGUCUUGUCAUGACCACUUACACUGCUUGGUAUCUUACAGUUGCCGCUAUCCUUCACGGACAGGUGGAAGGAGUGAAGCAUUCGGGUCCGAACAAAAUGGUUUUAUAUUUUACAGGGGCCACAAACAUUCUCUACACAUUCGGGGGACAUGCCGUUACUGUGGAAAUAAUGCACGCAAUGUGGAAGCCGCAAAAGUUCAAGGCUAUAUAUUUACUGGCUACCCUGUAUGUGCUGACACUGACUCUUCCAUCAGCAGCAGCAGUUUAUUGGGCAUUUGGUGACUUACUUCUAAAUCACUCCAAUGCUUUUGCUCUUCUCCCAAAAUCACCCUUCCGAGAUACCGCUGUUAUUUUAAUGCUCAUUCACCAGUUUAUAACAUUUGGAUUUGCAUGCACCCCAUUAUACUUUGUUUGGGAGAAAGCAAUAGGUAUGCACGAGUGUAAGAGCUUGUGUAAACGUGCAUUGGUUAGAUUGCCAGUGGUGAUUCCAAUUUGGUUUUUGGCUAUCAUAUUCCCUUUCUUUGGACCCAUCAAUUCAACCGUUGGAUCUCUCCUUGUCAGUUUCACUGUUUACAUCAUCCCUGCCCUUGCUCACAUCUUCACCUUUAAAUCAUCCUCUGCCCGACAGAAUGCUGUGGAACAACCUCCCAAGUUUGUUGGAAGAUGGGUGGGAUCAUUUGUGAUCAACGUAUUUAUAGUAGUGUGGGUCCUAGUCGUGGGCUUUGGAUUUGGUGGGUGGGCCAGCAUGGUGAACUUCGUACACCAAAUUGACACAUUUGGACUUUUCACAAAGUGUUACCAAUGUCCACCAUCGUCUCUUCCAACUAUGCCACCUCACCAGCUCAACGCCACCGCCGCCGCGCCUUCGCCUCUUCACCACCAUUGAGCAGCAUUCAAUUUUAAACUCUUCGCUUGAAUUGAUGAGUGCAUGAUGCAUUUGCAUGUUCUAUGGUGAAGUACUUGAUCAGUCACAUCCUGCAUUUAUUAUGUAUUUGGCUGUGUCGUAAAUUAAUUGUAAUGCAUCUUUUCUUCUUUAAUUUCUUUCUAUUUAUAUUUUUAGCUUUAAGGUUAGUGGAGAUCUUUGUCAUGCUUAGUUUCACAAGAACAAAAAUGAAAUAAAAACAAAACAAAAAAAGUUCAUGAAAA